CAGUUGUAGCGAGACUCCCCUCCAAUUCAGGUAUGUACCGGUAGAAAAAUCUUGCCUGUAUGUGUUUUUUUGGUCAUGAGAAGGAGUGGUACAUAGCUAGAAAAAACAUUUACUUGCUUGCUUUUGUGAUGAAGUUGCGCUUUUGUUCAUCUGUAGGAUGGACGAAACUAGUCGGUUCAAACUAGAAAUUCAGAUUGUUGCUCCAAACACCCGUGCUAGGUGGUACAGUUUGGACAAAUUCAUGGAUGCUGACUUCACCAACUUCAGAGAUUUGGUUGAUGAAGUUGUUGACAAGUAUCCUCCCCGUUACGGUGACAUAGUGAAGUUAUUUUACGCAUGCAAGGAUACAAAGGCCAACAUCCUAAUCUGCUCUGACCAAGAUUUGCUUGAAAUAUUUGCAAUACAUAAGGCUUCAAAGUGCUGCAAUUUAACUUUCUGUUACCAUAGCUCUGGUAGUAAACCUCCUGAGAUUCCUGUAUGGGAUGUCAGUAGUACUGGUUAGUCAGUGGAAGCCCCAUUCACCCCUACAAUCUCAUGUCCUAGCAUAGCGGAAACAAGCUUUCAAACUCAUAGUCAAUGUGCUCAAACUGAUCAGAUGCCUAACCCAAACCCAUGGAUAGAGUUUCAAUGUGAUGGGGAAGGGUUGUAUAUUGAGCUUGGUCCCCAAAAUCUAGAACCUACCAAUCCUCAUAGCCAACAAAGAGAUCCUGAAACAUCCCAAUCAGAUGGUGAUGAUGAAUCUCCCUUUGAUGAGGAAGAUGAAUUAGAGGACAUAGAUGAGGAAGAUGAAUUAGAGGACAUAGAUGAGGUUAUCAAAGAUCAAGAGCCUCCACAGAAGCCUGAUGCUAAUUAUGAUAAGAGUGAUCCUCCUAUGGCUGUAGGCACUUUGUAUUCCAACAUGGAUGCUUUUAAGCUGGCUUUAGCUUCACAUACUACCAAAUAUGAGUUUCAUUAUAACAUUGAAAAGAGUGAUAAGUCUCGGCAUACGGUGCACUGCAGUGGUAAGGAUGUGGGCUGCAGGUGGAGACUUCAUGCGUCUACUAUGGGCGACGAUGUCACAAUAAAGGUGAGAAGGAACCCAUACCCUCAUGAGGAGUGUACCAGCACAAGGAGGGCAGGUGCAUGUGUAGGGGUGAUGAAGUUCUGGGUCUGUGAACAAGUGAUUGAUUGGCUGAAGGAAGAUGGAAAGUUGGGAGCCACAGAACUGAAAAAGAAGCUGAAGGAAAGUCACAAAAUUGAUGUGACAUACAGAAAAGUUUAUCUAGGUAAACAACUUGCUAUGGAUAAAAUUUAUGGCUUUUGGGGCAAGAGUUUUGACAACCUCUAUAGAUUUAAGACUCAGAUAGAGGAAAGCAGUCCUGGGUCUUUUAUUGUGAUUGAUCACCAUACCAUCGACAACAAAAUAAGGUUUAAUAGACUCUUUUUUGCUAUGAAACCCUGUGUCGAUGGCUUCUUAAGAGGUUGUAGGCCAUAUAUUGCUGUAGACAGUACAUUUUUGAAUAAAAAGUUCAAAGGACAGUUGUGUAUAGCUUGUGCAAUUGAUAGACAUAACUUGAUGUACCCAGUAGCUGUUGGUGUGAUUGACUCAGAAUCAAAUGAAAAUUGGGUGUGGUUCAUGGAGUGGUUGAAGGAAGUUAUAGGCACCCCACUUGGCCUAACAUGUAGCACUGAUUGUGGGCAGACAGUGAUGCAUGGGGUUAGUGAGGUUUUUCCACAAGCUGAACAUAGAGAGUGUAUGUACCACCUUGUUCAAAAUUUCAAGAAGAGGUACAAUGGUGAGGUUUUUUAUCAGAAUUUGUGGCAAUCUGCAUAUUCUUGGAACCCUUACAUGUUUGAGAAGCACUAUCAAAGGAUGGCUGAAUACAAACCAAAGGCUAUGAAAUAUCUGCAGGAAACUCACAAGAAACUGUGGACCAGAAGCCAGUUCUCCACCUUGUCAAAGGUGGAUUAUAUUACCAAUAAUUUGGCUGAGGCCUUCAAUAAUUGGGUAAAGGAACACAAUGGCAAGCACCUGGAUGACCUGAUGGAUACUAUUAGACAGAUGAUCUUGAUUAAAUGGAAUGAAAGGAAAAGGAUUGUCCAGAAGUUUAAAGGAAAGAUUUUGCCUCAUAUAGUCCAGAAGUUGAGAGAUGACAGCUAUAACCUUGACAUUGAAGUGAUCACAAGCUCACCUGAUGGAUACUAUUAGACAGAUGAUCUUGAUUAAAUGGAAUGAAAGGAAAAGGAUUGUCCAGAAGUUUAAAGGAAAGAUUUUGCCUCAUAUAGUCCAGAAGUUGAGAGAUGACAGCUAUAACCUUGACAUUGAAGUGAUCACAAGCUCACUUGAUGGCAUUGCUGAAAUUUGUGCUAAGGACCGCGUGGCCACUGCAUACAGAUUUGUAGUCAACUUAACUGAGAGGACAUGUACCUGCAGGGCUUGGCAAGGGUCGGGAAUAACUUGCAAACAUGCCAUUGCUUACAUCACAUCAAUUCCUGGUGCCCACCUAGAAGACUAUGUGGAUGACUACUACUCAGUUGAAAAAUUCAAAUUGGCAUAUGAAGGCUCUAUCCCUAGUAUUCCUGACAAGUCUAACUGGCCCAAAGCCACACAUGGCUUCUUCAUGCAUCCUCCAUUGCUUAAGUCAACAGCUGGAGGAAGGAGAAAGAACAGAAUGAAGUCAGCUUUGGAGGGAGGCAGUAGCCGCAAGAAGCAAAAUAAGUGCCCAAUAUGCCUUUAGUUAGGGCACCGUUGGUACAAGUGUAAGAAUGGGAAUCCAGAAGACAUAGCUGCAAUGGAGGCUUUGAGGGGUCCACCAAAGACAAAGCGCAAGAAAGCAUCUACUUGUAGCACAGAGAGUCGCAUUGUUGUGUCCACUACUACAUCAGAGAUGGUCUUCCCACACAAUGAGACAGUGGCCAAUGCUACACAGAAGAAAAAGAAGAGAAAUAUGUCUACAAAAAAAGGUGCCAUCAAAAGGAAGGGGCCAGCGACCACUACUUCAACAAGUACUACUGAUACUAGGUCUACCAGAUCUGGAACUGGAUCCAAUGACCCUCUUCCUCUCCAAGUUGUGCCUCUUCUUCAAGACACUGUAUGCCCUGAAGCCAUAGAACAAACAGUGCAGACACCAAGAAAGAAAUGUACCAUCGAGAAAAAGAAAAAGCUUACACCAAGGAGGGCUCCAGUUGAGGUAGCCAGCCUAUCUAGCCCAGCUUCAAAUAUCAGAAGCAAGAAGCAACUCCAGCUUGAAUAAAGUGUGAUUCCUUAGUAUUAUUUUGAGAGUACUUAUGAUCUGUCGGAACACUUCUUUUGUUGUGAUAUUUCAUCCCAUGAUCAUGUAAUUUAAGGCACUUGUGGUUUGAAGGUACUAAUGUGAUGAAAACUAGUCAACUUAUGAGCUUCAGUGUUGGUGAAAUGAACAGGUCAUGAUUGCUAUUA